ACACCCAAAAAAUCAACUUGUUUGACUACUUUCAUGGACUCUGAAGAGAAAAGUAUACCUCCGUCAACACUUAUUUUCUCUUAUUGUUUCGUUCAUCAUCUUCUUUACCAUGGAAAUGAAGAACAAUCAUUCGUUUCUAGUACUUUUUUUGUGCUUUAGUCUCGGUACCAAUCUUUCUAUCGGAGAAGACACCAUUUCUAUGAAUGAAUCUGUUUCUUCAGGGCAAACAAUUAUCUCUUCAAGUGGGACCUUUGAGCUUGGUUUCUUCACACCAGGUAACUCUUUUAAAUAUUAUCUAGGCAUAUGGUACAAGAAUAUUUCAUCGCAAACUGUAGUUUGGGUAGCAAAUAGGGAGACACCAGUUAGUGAUGCUGCUCACUUGACAAUUAUUCAAGGCAACCUAGUGCUUCUCGAUAAAUUUCAAAGCUUAGUUUGGUCAACAAAUAUUUCAAGGAGUGUACCUCCAAAAAAUUUAGUCAUAGCAGUUCUUUGUGACGAUGGAAAUUUGAUUUUGAGUGAUUUGUCAUCAAACUCAUCAAUACCGUUACUACUUUGGCAAAGUUUUGACUACCCAACACAUGCAUUUUUACCUGGUGGUAAGGUUGGAUAUGACAAACGCACACAAAGAAAACAGGUUCUGAUUUCAUGGAAGGAUUUGAACGAUCCGUCACCUGGAUUGUUUUCCAUGGAAUUAGACCCACGGCGUGCCCAACUUGUUAUAAAAUGGAAUAGGACAACACAGUAUUGGGCAAGUAGUUCAUGGAAUGGCCGGACGUUCAGCUCAGUACCUGGGAUGAGGUUAAACUACAUAUUCAAUUACAGCUAUAUCGACAAUGAGAAUGAGUCAUAUUUUACAUAUUCCCUUUAUAAUAGUGAAAUCCCAUCAAAAUUUAUCAUGGAUGUCUCAGGACAAAUUAAGCAACUCUUAUGGUCGACUAGUUUGGAUGAUUGGUAUCCAUUCUGGGCUCAACCAACGGAACAAUGUGAUGUUUACGCCAAUUGUGGGGCAUUUGGAGUUUGCAACAAUGUUAAUUCAUCCUGCAAUUGCUUGAGCGGUUUCAAAGCAAGAUCUGAUGCAGAAUGGAAUUCAAAUAAUUAUUCCAGUGGCUGUGUAAGAGUAAGAGACCAAGAGGUGCAGUGUAACGGAAUUACUGAAGACAAGGAUAGCUUUUGGAUGAAUUCAAUAGUGUCAUUACCUGCUUCUCAAGAUACUAAUAUCACAGUUGCGGAAGCCUCACAGUGUAGAUCUGCAUGUUUCAACAAUUGCUCUUGCACUGCUUAUACCUAUGAUGUUUCUGGUGCAUGUUCAUUUUGGACCGGGGAUCUGUUCAAUCUACAACAACUCAGCAAAACUGAAACAGAAAAAACUAUCUUUGUCAAAAGUGGCUCACCUGAAGAUCAAACUAAGGCUAAGAAAUCGAUGAAGCUGGUAGUUCUACUUUCAUCCACAACAGCUUUUAUCGUUCUAUUCAUAGGAAGCUUUAGUUACAUUUACUAUAGAAGAAGAAGAAGAAGAAUGACAAAAGGAACAGGGACACAAAUAUCUCACUUGGACAAGAUUGGAGGAGGAGAAAUCAUUGAUGUUCCAUACUUUUGUUUGGAGACCAUUUUGGUAGCUACAGAUAACUUCUCGAAUGCAAAUAAGCUCGGACAAGGAGGAUUUGGUCCUGUUUACAAGGGUAUCUUUCCAGGCGGAAAAGAAAUUGCAGUGAAAAGGUUAUCUAGUCAUUCAGGACAAGGCAUAGAUGAAUUUAAGAAUGAAGUGACUUUAAUUGCAAAACUUCAACACAGAAAUCUGGUCAGGCUUUUGGGCUAUUGCAUCAACGGAAAGGAACAAAUUUUACUGUAUGAAUAUAUGCCAAAUAAAAGUUUAGAUACAUUCAUAUUUGAUGGAGAACUUUGCAAAUUAUUGGAUUGGAAGAAGCGCUAUGACAUCAUAUUGGGUAUUGGACGAGGUCUUGCUUAUCUCCACCAUGAUUCACGACUAAGGAUCAUUCAUAGAGAUUUAAAAACCAGCAACAUUUUACUAGAUGAGGAUAUGAAUCCCAAGAUUGCAGACUUUGGCUUGGCGAGGAUUGUUGAAGGAAGAAGAACAGAAGCAAAGACAGAGAAAAUAGUUGGGACCUAUGGCUAUAUGUCUCCUGAAUAUGCAUCAGAUGGUCUGUUUUCCCUCAAGUCAGAUGUAUUCAGUUUCGGAGUAGUCAUACUUGAGAUGAUCAGUGGACGAAAGAACACAGGAUUUUACCAAUCAGAAGAAGCAUUAAACUUGUUAGGUUAUGCAUGGAGAAUGUGGAUAGAAGAAAGGGCAAUGCAAUUAACAGAGAAGUCAUUACUAGAAUCAUGCAAUAGAAGUGAAGUGAUGAAGUGUAUCAAUGUUGCACUCUUGUGCGUGCAAGAAGAUUCAAAUGAUCGUCCUAAAAUGUCAGAUGUCAUUGUAAUGUUGGUAGGAGAAGGUACGAGUCUUCAGAGACCUAAUAGACCAGCUUUUGUAAUAAGAACACACGCGUCUAGCAGACCAUCUUCUCCCUCAAAAGUCUCUAACAAUCAAGUGACAAUUACAGAAGAAGGAGGACGGUAUAAUCUAUGUUUUGGAGGGGACACUAUUUCCGCGAAUAAAUCUCUUUCAUUUGGCGAAACAAUAGUCUCUUCAGGUGAGAAAUUUGAGCUUGGUUUCUUCAAAUCAGGUAAUUCUUUCAACUACUACAUAGGCAUAUGGUACAAGAACACUAUUUUAUGGCAAAAUGUAGUAUGGGUAGCAAAUAGGGAUAAACCACUUGAUUAUGGUACUGCUAACUUAACAAUUCUUCAAGGCAACCUGGUGCUUAUCGAUAAAUUUCAAGGUAUAGUUUUGUCAACACAUGUUGCUAGGACUAUUACUUCAAAUAAUUCAGUCAUAGCAGUUCUUCGUGACGAUAUAAAUUUGAUUUUGAGUGAUAUGUCAAAUUCAUCAGCAACCUUAAUACUAUGGGAAAGUUUUGACUAUCCAACAGAUACAUUGUUGCCUGGUGCUAAGCUUAGAUACGACAAACGUCGUACACAUAGGGGACAGGUUCUGAUUUCAUGGAAGAGUUUGAGUGAUCCAGCACCAGGAUUCGGUUUCAAGCCAAGAUCAUAUAGAGAAUGGAGUUCGAAUGAUUAUAUGAGUGGCUGUAUACUAAUAUCACCAUUAGCGAAGCAUCACAGUGUAGAUCUACUUGUUUCAACGAUUGCUCUUGCACUGCUUAUACUUAUGAUGGUUCCGGCAGCUUUAGCUACAUUUACUAUAGAAGAAGAAUGGCAAAAAGAGCAGAUAGAAGUAAAGGUACUCAAGGGGCACAUAAAUCUCACUGGCACAAAGCUGAAGGAGAAGCGAAAACCAUUUUUGGCUGCUACAGACAACUUCUCAAAUGCAAAUAAGCUCGGACAAGGAGGAUUUGGUCCUGUUUACAAGGGCAUCUUUCCUUGCGAAAAAGAAAUUGCAGUGAAAAGGUUAUCUAGUCAUUCAGGACAAGGCAUAGAUGAAUUUAAGAAUGAAGUGACUCUAAUUGCAAAGCUUCAACAUCGAAAUCUGGUGAGACUACUAUUGGGCUAUUGCAUCAAUGCAAUGGAACAAAUUUUACUAUAUGAAUAUAUGCCACAUAAAAGUCUAGAUACAUUCAUAUUUGAUGGAAAACUUUGCAAAUUAUUGGAUUGGAAGAAGCGCUAUGACAUCAUAUUGGGCAUUGGACGAGGUCUUGCUUAUCUCCACCAUGAUUCACGACUAAGGAUCAUUCAUAGAGAUUUAAAAACCAGCAACAUUUUACUAGAUAAGGAGAUGAAUCCCAAGAUUGCAGACUUUGGCUUGGCGAGGAUUGUUGAAGGAAAAAGAACAGAGGCAAAGACAAAGAAAAUAGUUGGGACCUAUGGCUAUAUGUCUCCUAAAUAUGCAUCAGAUGGUCUAUUUUCCAUCAAGUCAGAUGUAUUCAGUUUCGGAGUUGUCAUACUUGAGAUAAUCAGUGGAAGAAAGAAUACAGGAUUUUACCAAUCAGAAGAAGCAUUAAACUUGUUAGGUUAUGCAUGGAGAAUGUGGAUAGAAGAAAGGGUAAUACAAUUAACAGAGAAGUCAUUACUUGAAUCAUGCAAUAGAAGUGAAGUGAUGAAGUGUAUCAAUGUUGCACUCUUGUGCGUGCAAGAAGAUUCAAAUGAUCGUCCUAAAAUGUCAGAUGUCAUUGUAAUGUUGGUAGGAGAAGGUUUGAGUCUUCAGAGACCUAAUCGACCAGCUUUUGUAAUAAGAACACACACGUCUAGCACAUUGUCUUCUUCCUCAAAAUUCUCUAACAAUCAAGUGACAAUUACAGAAGAAGGAGGACGAUAACAAUGGUGUGAGAUAGUCUUAACUUUUUAUUUAUAUAUGAUACAAUUGUAAUUUUGUCCUGCAGACUUCUGAAGCACUAAGCAGAAACUAGGUCUCAUGCAUGCUUUCCAAAAGCAUAUGGCCUUCAUGAAAAUUGUUAAAUAUUAAAAUAAUCUUAUGCAUAGUCGUUA